CUCUCUAAAUCUCUCUCCCUCUCUCUAGAAGUUGAAAUCUUUACUUGUGAAAGAAGCAAAAUGAGGACUGGUUUUUUCUCUUCACCUAUACAUUCUUCUACUACUUCUAAUUCUCCUUCACGUCAUACUACUUUUUCCGAAACUUUAAUGGAGGAAACAAUUAACGACGCUGGAGCAGUUAUUAAAAGAUGGGAUAUAGACGUUUCCUCUUCCAGUAGUUCUUACAAUAGAGUCGCUAAUCUUUUCCGAGAUUAUCGUGAUGAGGCACAUCAAUUUCUUGACGCUGUAAACAGAUUACAACAUGGUAUGCAUUUUGUUAUUAAAGAAAGUUCCAGAUCCGAACUCCUUAUUCAGGCUCAAAAUCUCAUGCAAAUUGCUAUGAAGAGACUUCAGAAAGAAAUGUACACUAUUUUAUCUGGGAAUCGUUAUUUCUUAGACUCAGAAACUGUGUCUAAUUCUCGAUCCUCUAGAGCAUCAACUCGGUCCAGUGUUUCCGACGAAGAUGAUGAAAUUAAUGAGAUAAUUGAUGCUGAGGUUUCGGUUUCAAGUACUCGAGUUUCUGAGAUUGACAAAGUGUCUGAACGUGUCAUGGCGGAUUUAAAAGCCAUAGCUGAUUGUAUGAUUGGUGCUGGUUAUGGUGCAGAGUGCGUUAAGAUUUACAAACUUAAUCGAAAAUCAGUUGUUGAUGAAACUUUGUAUUAUUUAGGUGUUGAAAAAUUAACCUUAUCACAAGUUCAGAAAAUGGAUUGGUCAUUGCUGGAGCAGAAAACUAAGAAUUGGUUAAGUGCUGUGAAAAUAGCAGUGAGUACACUUUUCCAAGGGGAAAAAAUUCUCUGUGAUCACGUUUUCUCUGCUUCUGAUUCAAUUAGAGAAACGUGCUUUUCCGAAAUUGCUAAAGAGAGUGCACUCACGCUCUUUGCGUUUCCAGAAAUGGUGGCAAAGUACAAAAAGUUAUCUCUUGAGAAAAUGUUCAGUGUGCUUGAUUUGUACAACUCAAUUUCCGAGCUAUGGGAUGAAAUCGAGUUGAUUUUUAGUUUCAAUUCGUUAACAGUGGUCAAAUCUCAAGCGGUGACGUCACUGGUCAAACUCGGUGAAGCCGCGAGGUUUAUGCUUUCGGAGUUCGAAUCGGCGAUUCAGAAAGAUUCAUCCAAAGCGGUGGCAUGCGGUGGGGUCCACCCUCUGACUCGGUACGUUAUGAAUUAUCUCGUUUUCCUCGGCGAUUACAGCGGUGCGUUUUCUGAAAUAAUCGUCGAUUGGCCGCUGUCGAUACAAUCGCCGUUGCCAGAAUCUUACUUCCUCAGUCCAACUCCCGACGACUAUGACUCGCCGUCUUCCGCCGUCUCCGUCCGCCUUGCGUGGCUAGUCCUCGUCCUCCUGUGCAAACUUGACGGCAAAGCCCAGCACUAUAAAGAUGUUUCAUUAUCCUAUCUGUUCUUAGCGAACAACUUAAACUACGUCGUUUCAAAGGUCAAAAAGUCAAACCUAAAGCUUUUGCUUGGAUCCGAUUGGUUAUUAAACCAUGACGCUAAGGUAAAACAGUACAUUUCAAAUUACGAGAGAAUGGGAUGGAGCAAAGUACUAACGUCAUUCCUGGAAAAUUCUACGGCUGAGAUGUCUCCACCUGAAGCAAGAGAUUGGUUCGUCACAUUCAAUUCGGAUUUUGAGGAAGCGUAUCGAACGCAGAGUUCGUGGGUUAUACCCGACCCGAAACUCCGAGACGGAGUCAAAAUAUCAUUGGCUAAAAAAGUUAUUUCCGGUUACCGGACGUUUUACGAAAAGUAUCGGGAAAUACUAAGAAGUGGCGGAGUGAAGUCAGUUGUCAGAUUUGCCCCUGAUGAUUUGCAAAAUUACUUGUCGGAUUUAUUUCAUGGAACCGGGUCUUCAGAGCAUGGGACGACGUCGUACAGCUUAUCACAUUCAUCGCCGUCAGUUUCAACGUCGUCAUCUCCGUCACAUGGCCGUUGAGAGUUAACAGAAGACAUUUUUGUACAUGGAAUAAAAUAUUUUAUUUAAUUUGCGUAUAGAAUUUUGUGAGUAUAGUGGUAUAAGAAAAUAUAUUCAAUUCAUUCAUUUAAUGUAAAGAAAACACUUGAUGCAUAUAGUUGUCUUUUA